CCUCCCGUCUCCGCAGCCAGCACCUCACUUCUCUCUCACAGCCAGGAUGCACUUCUCUCGCGUCGCCGUGGCCCUGACGGCCCUGCUGCUCACCGUGGACGCCACCUUCAUCAUCGGCACGGCCGGCACGGUCGGCGUCGGCGCCGCCACCGCCGGCGUCGCGCUGGCCGGCGUGGCCGGUCUGGCGCUGGGCGCCGCGCUGGUCGGCGGACUGGCGCUCAGCCGGCGCCGCGGCAAGCGCGACGUGGCCGUGCAGCAGCAGACCGACAUGGUGCUCGACAUGGUGGCCGCCGCCGACGCCUACGGCUGCGCGCUCAAGCUGGUCUGCCUGGUGGAGUCCAAGCCGGAGGACCAGCUGAGCGCCGAGGACGAGCUGAUCCUGCAGCUGUUCGGAAAGGCGCCGGCCGCCGUCGCCGAGGAGCAGGUCAACACGCCGCGCAAGGCCUACUUCUACGCCGCCUACCUGGGCGACUCGCAGGGCAAGGACGCCUGCCAGAAGGUGUUCCACUCCUGCGAGGCCAGCUACGGCCAGAUGAUGGCCUACGUCAGCGCCCUCACCAACUAGGUCUCCCCCCGAGCCGUCAGUAUGACGUGCGUCACACACAUCUCGCCUCAUCUAGAGCUGCUAGUCAGGCUCAUCGUUGUCCACAUCAUCACUGGAGGGGUCGGGGGCUGAGGCCUGGCCGCUGCAGGGCCGGGCAGUCGGCGCGGCAGAGGCGGCCAGGCGCGGUGUGCGCUCCAGCACGCGUCUGAAGUCAGCUUGGCCUGUUCUAUUGUCCUGUUUUCCUAGCGUGCGCACGCGGCGAAUGUGCCCUUUGGCAAAAUUCGCUGCGUGGCAUCGUCUUGUCUCUCUUUGAGACGACGAGCGCUGUGAGGCUUGGAGAGCUGUAUUGUCUUCCGUAUCGACUGGGUUUUCGGCCUCGCCCCACGGGUAGGCUGUAAACAGCUGUUGUUUUACCUUGAGUCAUUUAUGAGAACCUAUGUUUUAUUGGUGUUUGCACUUGAGCAAUGUUAUGUGUCUUGCCUCUCGGCAAAGAUAUCAAAGUGUGUGUCUGUUCGAAAUGAAAUACAUUGUGAAAUGUAA